UCUUCUCUCCUCAUAUCCACUGGCAACUGCGCUGAGAAGCCUCCCUCACCAAGCCUGUGGAUCCCUUCACUUGACUAAUUAGCCUUGAAGUGCUGUUGAAGAUCAUCAUAUUUAGCUUAGCGACCUAGCGGCACAGAGUGCAGACAGAUAUAGACUCAGCUGGCUGGAGGCUGGCUGCCUGGCAGUGGGCAAGCUCUCUAUCUCUCUCUUUAUUCUCACUCAGUGCCGAGGGCUUCUCGGCGGCAGAGCAGCGGAAGUGAGGGGUGGUUUUGCUUUGAAAGAGACGAAAAGGGGGGAAAAGAGAAAGAAGCUGAGCCGAGACCACAACGCAGCCACAGAUUGGGAGUCCGCUGCAGGAGCAAAUCCUCCUAGAGACGGAGGCUCGGAGGAGGCAGCGGUCACUGUGCAGCAGCAGCACUGUUACCAACACACAGAGAUUUAAGAUGAUCAACAGUCAGUUGUCAGCACAGAGGAGGGCAGUGAGGAGCCUUCCUGGAGACAUCGGCCAGCAGAAGACCAGCACCUACAUCGUGCCCUGCUUCCUCUUUGUGGAGCUGGUCAUCAUGGCAGGGACCGUUCUGUUGGCGUACUACUUUGAGUACACGGACACGUUCCCCGUGCACAUCCAGGGCUUCUUCUGUUUCGACAAAGCCUACUCCAAGCCGUACCCGGGACCGGAGGACAACAGCAAGGCGCCGCCCGUCCUCGUCUACUCCCUUGUCACCGCCAUCCCCACUGUGACGAUUCUGAUCGGGGAAGUGACCAGUUUCUUCGUGAAGACAGAGGGAGCUCAGGAGAAGACCAUAGUGACUGCUGACUGCUGUUAUUUCAACCCUCUCCUCCGAAGGAUCGUACGUUUUCUGGGUGUGUACUCCUUCGGCCUCUUCACCACCACCAUCUUUGCCAAUGCAGGUCAAGUGGUGACAGGAAACCAGACACCUCACUUCCUGACUGCCUGCAGGCCAAACUACACUGCUCUGGGUUGCCAGUCUCCGCUGCAGUACAUAGCAGAGCGCCGAGCCUGCACAGGAAACCCAUACCUGGUGGCGUCCGCCCGCAAAUCCUUCCCCUCCAAAGACGCAGCGCUCAGCUUUUAUUCAGCCAUCUACACAGUGAUGUACGUGACCCUGGUGUUCAGGACCAAGGGGACCCGUCUGACCAAGCCCACCUUGUGCCUGGUGCUGUUGUCUCUGGCCGUGCUGGUGGGGGUGGUGAGAGUGACUGAGCACAGAAACCACUGGAAUGAUGUCCUGGCUGGGUUUGUCACCGGAGGGGCCAUUGCUGCAUUCUUGGUGUCAUGUGUGAUCAACAAUUUCCAGCAAACCCAGAGAGCGAUGGCGAUGGCGACUUCUCCACCUCCACAGCGCCCAGAGCCCCCAAUUGGGCUUCCUCUCCUCAGUCUGCCCCGUGUGGAGAGUCCACUCGAAAAGCUCCAGGGCUACCGUAUUCUGAGAUCACAUGACCAUCAGCCAAUCCCGUCCCCCGCCCCUCCCGAUGUGCUCCUCCCCUCACGGCGUUGCCUCACCAGCGCAGUCUAGACCUGCCCACUGAAUGCCCCCCACCCUGCCCUGCCCACCCCGCUGGACGACAUCCUCUCAGACGAGUCAAAUCCACGCAGGUCUGAAGCUCCACCAAUCACAGGAGGCAGAACAGCGACACGUGCACACGGCAAGCAUGGCUGAAACCUGUCAUCCGCUAAGGACCAAUAGGACAUGGAUACAUGUCUCUCUGUCCUGUUCUGUCCUGUUCGUCCUCCAAGAUGGCCUCCUUUUUCUUUCAGGUGUGAAAGAAUCGCCAAAGCCAGAGCUGUUGAAGCAAUACUGUGUCCUAUUUCCUUGUCCUGUUUUCCACAAAGACCCAACAGUGACUCUAAAGACUGUUGGCUGGUGAUGACUUGAUAAAACACUUUGGUUUGGGGAUCAAAGAAAAUUCCAGUCACCGAUGGAUUGUCCUCAACAGACCAUUUUGCAACACUCAGGACAAUACAGUGGAAAAAAGGACAAGAUUAUAAACAGAGACCUUUAUGUAAUCAGGUACCGUCUAGUAUUAUGGUACAGAGUUUUUAUUUCUGUCCUCGAAACUAACAAGAGACGUGAUCAAAGAGGAAAGCACCUUUGUAAAUUAUAGCACAGAUGAACCAACCUGGUGUUCAGUAAACUGUGUUGUAUCUUAUUUGUUUUGGGGGAUGUGGGUUUGAUCUCUUGCUGUAUAUUGUGUGAAGUGACAGAGGAGAGAUUUAUACACGCUAGAGCUGUGCUUGUGAUACCACAUUUGUUUUGGGGGCAUCAGUUAAUUCAUCCCUGAGGUGAACUAGAUUACCAUCGACUUUCCAAAUAUCUCUUAUCUACUUGCUAUUCAGGUGUGUGUUUCUAAAUGUCUGUAGGUUCUACGUCCAUGCUGUGAAAUAUCUGGAGGGUUUUACCAUUUGACCUACUGCCUAUUCUCAUGUGGAGUUCUUUGUUAGUGUUAGUUUGGAUAAAUGUCUCAUUUUCUUUUUCCCAUACCCCAUUUAACAGUUUAAUGCCUGUCCUUGUUUUCUCAUUAGAUUACCUGUAUUUAUAUGUUAAUGUUAAGAGUGGUGCAGGGAUAAAGUUUUUUGUAGGCUGACGCAGAAGUUGGCAUCGCCCCUCGUCAAAAAAGCCUACGGGAUUUUUCCAUUGGAUUUUGGUUUAUUAAAGAUUAUAAGAUCUGUGGCAAACAAAAGUUUAUGAUACUUACAUGUAUUGUUCAUCAAGAUGAUCUUCACAAAUGAACAUCGCUUUUAUGAUUUUUGAAGCCUAAAUGCAACCGCCAAAAGCUAAUGUUAGGCUAUGAACGAACUACACCACCAUCACAUGAUUUAACAUCGCCACCACAACAAAGCUGUCGUUCUGUAGUCUCAUUUAGCCAGAGCUUCAAAAUUCAUAAGUGGAGUAUUGUCUGACAUAUUUCAUGUCAUAGAACGAAACGUGAAUGUCUCUUAAGCUUGUGUUAACCAUAGACCUUAUUUUAGGCAUCUAACCAAAAACCCAUUCAAAAAACCCAUUGACUUCAAGACAAGGGAACCAGGAGUGCUAAUAUGCUAACUCACUUCUGAGUUUUAGGACUUAUUUCUGCAGCUUCCUGUUUACAGAGGCGGAUGUUCCUAUAGGUGACAAAGGCGACCGCCCAGACUCCCUCCCCCCAAAAUAUGACGCAAGAGAAAAGUGAGCUAAUGCUAGAGCAUUAAUGGGUAUGGUAGAGUGGAGUGUGUGUGGAGAUUUUCAGAGUAAGAAAAAAAAGCCAUCCAGGGCUCAGUACAAAAGAGUAAAAAAAAAAAAAGUUAAAACUUGCAAAUUUGCACAUACAUUAUUCUUUUAUUGUCUGAUAUUUAUUAUUAUUGUUUGUUAGCUGAGUUGAUUAUCUGUGUUGACUUCAGAUUAGCUCUUGUUUUUGUUUGUAAUGAAUAUAAUGAAUAUAAAAGAGGAGGCUGCCAGGGGAAGCUUGCCUAGGGCGCCAAAUGUGCAGGUCCAGCACUGUGUAUUUAUUCCCUUUGCUUUCCAAAAUGAAUGUUUUUAUAAGAGUAGUUUGGGCAUCUGUUGUUGAUGCGGCUGUUUUAUCCAUCUUGUCCCGUUAUUUCCUGCCUCAGUCCACCGUCCUGUCUUCACACUGACUUUAGGAAACCAAUGGCACAGACCAGUGUGUGACACAGAGGCAAGACCUCUGAGGUUUUGUAUAGUUUUGUACAGUAUAUAGGUUUCUUUACACAGUAUAUACUGCAUUAUCAUUAUGUUUCAAUUGUGUGAACAAUGUGAAGCUGCCUGAGCCUGUCUUGUAGGAACAUGAGUAGUGGCCUGGUUUAAAGCAGGAAUGUAGCGUGGUGGAGAAGUGUGUGAAAUCUAGCGGCAUACAGUCAGCGUGUUUGGCUCACAACUUGCUUUAGUUCUGCUCUCAGUUCAAAAGGACACUGCAGGCAGGUUAUAUUAGUAGGAGAGUACGCAAUGGGUUAUAUAAAGAAGACAUUGCUAUGGUUUUAUUAAGCGUGUGUGUGUGUGCGCGCGUGUGUGUGCUUAUUGGGAUUUGUGUGUAUGUUUAUAAUGAGCACAUUGUAUGGCAGCAUAACUGUUAAUUUGGCAAUCUGUUUUCUUAAGUUAAACUGUCAAAAGUAGCUGCUAUAAUUACACACUUGCGCUUGUGUGUAACUGCAGGCCUUCAAAGGACCCCUGCCAAGGCAUCCUAACAAUGCCUGAUAUAGCAGAAGGUGCUCAUUAUAGCUCUGAGAUUACUUACAGUAAAACUUUUCAGUCUGAAUUUUUUUGUAAACAACUGAAGAGGUAGAGAACACCAUAACUGUCCAAAUAAUGUUAUUUUCAUGUUCAAAUGUCUCUGUUUUGUAUUUAUUUACCAAAAUAAAUUGCAAUUACCACA